AUGCUCAACUCUCGCCGCGCCAUCGUGGCUGCGGUUUUCAUCCUCACUGUUUUCUUCCUAUUGACAAGGUCUCAUACAACAACGCCUGUCGUCCCAGCUGCCAAAGAUGCUGCUGCAACCGCCGUUGACACAAGCAAGAACGAUGUCCCUGCCUCAAGCCAAGCCGUGUCACCACCACCCGAACAACAAAAGGAGAUGGAGGUAAAGGAGCGUCGCACGCGGCCUCGCAUUGACAUGUCUGGCAUGUCAAUUUUUGAGAAGCUCGAAUACGCCUAUCCUUACGAUGUUGCGACCAAGUUUCCAGCUUACAUCUGGCAAACGUGGAAGCAAAGCCCUGAUCAAGGUGAUUUUCAGUUCAAGGACCACCAUGCGUCUUGGAGGGAGGAGCACCCUGGCUUUGUCCACGAAGUCAUUACCGACGACGUUGCCGUUAACCUUAUUCGCUUACUCUACGCCACGGUUCCCGAAGUCGUUGAGGCGUACCGAAGCCUCCCCAUGCCUGUUCUGAAGGCCGACUUCUUCCGUUAUCUGAUUCUCUUCGCUCGAGGCGGCAUAUAUUCUGAUAUCGAUACAUAUGCAAUUCAAAGCUCGGUGAAAUGGUUGCCUGAACAGAUUCCUCGCGAUACUAUUGGUCUCGUCAUUGGCAUUGAGGCAGACCCUGAUCGCCCCGACUGGGCUCAGUGGUACAGUCGUCGUAUCCAGUUCUGUCAGUGGACGAUACAGGCCAAACCUGGCCACCCUGUUCUUCGCGAUAUCAUCACGCGCAUUACCAAGAAGACAUUAGAAUUGAAGAAUCAAGGCAAGCUGGAAAAGUUCAUCGACAGAAACGUUGUUGAGUUCACUGGCCCUGCCGUGUGGACAGAUGCUAUCAUGGAAUACUUCAAUGAUCCAAGGUUCUUUGACAUGUCACAAAGCAAGGGCACGAUCGAUUACAAGAACUUUACUGGCAUGGAGACGAGUAAGCGAGUGGGAGAUGUGGUUGUGUUGCCCAUCACAAGCUUCUCACCUGGAGUGGGACAGAUGGGUGCAAAGGAGCCCGACGACCCAAUGGCUUUCGUCAAGCACGACUUUGAAGGAACGUGGAAACCUGAGAGCGAGCGCCACAUGGGCGAGCAGCAACAACAAGAGGGACAGCAGGCGGCUCAGGCACCCCAAGCACCCUUGCAAUAA